AUGCGUAUACUGAAUGUAGCUGAAAAACCCUCAGUUGCUAGGGCGUUAACGGAGAUUUUGUCAAAAGGGAAGUAUAGCACUCGGUCCAGCCCAAGUAAAUACUGCAAGAACUUCGUCUUUAGCUACAACCAAGCCGAAAUGCUGUUUACUAGUGUGCUGGGCCACCUGUAUAGCUUAGAGUUUCGGCGGAAGAGCAAAUGGCGCGAUCAUGACCCCAAAGAACUCUUUGAAGCAGACAUUGUUUGGGAAGUAGCGCCGACCAUGUUAGAUGUUUCAACGAACUUACUGAAUGUGGCCCAAGGGUGUUCGCAGCUGGUGAUUUGGACAGAUUGUGAUCGAGAGGGCGAGAAUAUUGGCGAACAGAUUGCAGGGCUGCUAAGAGAGAAGAUUCAAACGGUAAAAAGAGCCAGAUUCUCAGGAUUAGGUCCGUAUGAAGUAACCCAAGCCUUUCGGGCUUUAGGCGAGUUGAAUGUAAAUGAGGCCCAUGCCGUGUCUUCCCGUAUUGAGGUGGACUUGAGAAUAGGCGCGGCUCUAACACGACUGCAGACCUUGCAACUGGAGGCUCUCUUUCAGGACCAGGAGAACAAGGUCGUUAGCUAUGGGAGUUGCCAAAUUCCAACUUUAGGCUUUGUCUGUGAGCGAGAGGAGUUGGUUGCCCAGUUUGUGCCCGAGCCCAAUUGGACAAUCAAUGCUAAAGUCAGGAAAGGUCGAGUCGAAGGAGAGUUUCAAUGGACCCGCGGCAAGAUCUUUGACCAGACAUACGUAGAUCUUAAGUACCAACACAUCCAGGGCCAGAAAAUGGUGGUUACCGAAGUAAGUAAGAAAGAAGUGCAGAAGAGCCGGCCUAUUCCCUUACGAACAGUCGAGAUGCAGAAGUUCUUUGCCCGAAAAGGCCCCGUGCGCAACUCCCACGAACUUAUGGAAAUUGCCGAAAAGCUCUAUACUUCCGGAUACAUUAGCUACCCCAGAACCGAAACAGACGCGUUUCCCAAGGACUUCAAUGCCCAAGAACCAUUGCAGCGACUGAAGAACGAUCCAGUCCUGGGAGACUAUGCCCGUAAGCUAAAUCCGGGCCGAGCGUCAGCCGGUCCACACAGCGAUCAAGCCCACACGCCAAUCUAUCCCAUUAAAGAAGGCACGGGUCUUAGUGGAGCCAGUCGGGCUGUUUAUGAGUACAUUGCCCGGCGCUUCUUGGCCGUGUACAGCCAGAAUGCCAAAGGUCAAGAAGAAGCAAUCACUUGCCAGGUCAAAGGAGAAACAUUCCGCCGCCGCAUUCUCCAUGUGGUCGCCAAGAACUACCUUGAGGUUUACGUCUAUGACAAGUGGGGGGAUACGGAAGAGUCUCUGCCGGUUAAAGAGGGCGAGUGCGUGGAGUGGACAGGUGCGAUUAAGCCCGGUAGCACAGAACCGCCUACCUUUCUCACAGAAGCCGAUCUUAUCGCUAAAAUGGACACACACGGAAUUGGCACAGAUGCCACGAUCCAUGACCAUAUCCAACGCAUUAAAGAACGAGGAUACGUUACGGUGGUCGACAAGAACUCACUUAAGAGCACAUGGAUCGGCCGCGGCCUCAUUAAUGGCUACAAAAAGAUAGGUCUGAAAGUCAGUGCACCUCAUUUACGACAGCAGUUUGAACUGUCACUCAAGAGUAUCUGUGCCGGCACGCUUUCUCCCCAAUCGGCCGUGCAGCAGGAAGUUCAGCUCUAUAAGGACAUCUAUACCCAGAUUGAGCGAAAUAUGCACCAACUAAUCCAGGAGCUUGAGAAGAACAAACUAAACGAUCAAAACAACCCGCCGCCACUGCCCCGAGCAGGCAAACCAUCAUCCCGUGCCAACGCUCUUGCUUCAGCCAAGUUCACCACAACCCAAACAGCCACAUCAGCAAAGCCAUCUCUUACCACACCAAAAUCGCGGUCUCAACCCUUAAUGUCCUAUCCUAAAUCGAGUGCUUACCAGGAAAACCAACCACCGGCCAUACCACCCACAGGCACCAGCAAAUCUCGACCCCAAAAAAGCUCAUCUUUACCCGCCUCUUGUGGUUUUGUUCCAGCCUCAGAGCUAUCUUUCUCGCCCAUCCCGACCCGCAAGAGAAGCAGUUCCUCCUUUGACGACAAUAAUUCCUUCCUAGCCGAACUCGCCCCAGAUACUAUUGUUUGUGAUUGCAACAUCCAAGCCAUGGAAAAGACCGUGAAUAAGUCCGGCCCUAACAAAGGCAAGAUCUUCUAUGGCUGCUCAUCACAGAAUUGUGAGUUCUUCCAAUGGAAAGAUUCUACCACUACCAACCAACUCACGCGCAAGGCUCCUAAGCCCAUUCCAAUUAAGUCCAAAAACAAGCCGGCUUCUUCCUACACCUCAACCGACCAUGAAGUCAAAUGCCACUGCGGUGCCGACGCCAAGCUCCUUACCUCCAACACCGAGAAGAACAAGAACCGAGAGUUCUUCAAGUGCAACAAAAGCUACAAGCCCUGUCCCUUCUUUGUCUGGCGAGAUGAAGCAGAAUCCUAA